CUGCUCACGCACCGCAUCGGCACCAUCGGGGAGCUCUCCUGCAACCCGUCCUUCGGCGGCAUCGGCAAGGGCCACCUCGUGCGCGAGCUGGACGCGCUGGGCGGCGUGUGCGGCCGCGCCUGCGACCGCGCCGGCCUCCACUACAAGGUGCUCAACCGGCGCAAGGGCCCCGCCGUGUGGGGGCUCCGCGCCCAGCUCGACCGGCGCCUCUACCGGCAGCGCGUGCAGGAGAUCCUCGGCACGCCGCUGCUGAGCGUGCGCGAGGCGUCCGUGGAGGAUCUGCUGCUGGCCGAGGCCGAGCCCGAGCGCCCCGGCAAGUGCCGCGUGGCCGGAGUCGUCCUGGGGGACGGGAGCAGAGUCCACGCUGAGAGCGUCGUCCUGACCACCGGGACGUUUUUGAGGGGAAUGGUCGUCAUGGGGCUGGAGACGCAUCCGGCCGGGCGGCUCGGAGACCGGCCGGCCGUGGGGCUGGCGCAGACCUUGGAGAACCUGGGAUUCGCCAUGGGUCGCCUCAAGACCGGCACGCCGCCCAGGCUUGCCAAGGACACCAUCGACUUCAGCGGCCUGGAGCAGCGCGCGGCCGACAACCCCCCCGUGCCCUUCAGCUUCCUCAGCGACACCGUGUGGAUCAAGCCCGAAGAUCAGCUCCCGUGUUACCUGACCUACACCAGCCCCAGGGCGCAGCAGAUCGUCCUGGAUAACCUGCACCUCAACGACCACGUGAAGGAGACGACCAGGGGGCCCCGAUAUUGUCCCUCUCUUGAAUCUAAGGUUCUGCGCUUCCCAAACCGCCGACACCAGGUGUGGCUGGAGCCGGAGGGCCUGGACUCCAACGUCAUUUACCCCCAGGGCAUGUCAAUGACGCUGCCCCCCGAGCUCCAGGAGCAGGUGAUCAGGUCCACGCCGGGCUUGGAGAGAGCCGAGCUGCUGCAGCCGGGCUAUGGGGUACAGUAUGAUUUCCUGGACCCCCGGCAGCUGACRGCUGCCCUGGAGUCCCGCCUUGUCCAGCGGCUCUUCCUUGCGGGACAGAUCAACGGCACGACAGGCUACGAGGAGGCUGCGGCUCAGGGCCUGGUGGCCGGGAUCAACGCGCGGCUCCGCGCGCGCGGGYGGCCGCCCUUCGUGCUGAGCCGCACGGAGGCCUACGUGGGCGUCCUCAUCGACGACCUCACCACGCUGGGCACGCGCGAGCCCUACCGCAUGUUCACGAGCCGCGCCGAGUUCCGCAUGUCCCUGCGGCCCGACAACGCCGACGCCAGGCUCACCGGCAGAGGCUUUAAGGAAGCCGGGUGCGUGUCCCAGGAGCGGUACGAUCGAUCGGUUAGGAUGAAGGCUGCUCUGGAGGAYGGAAUCGCGAUGCUGAAGGCCCUUCAGUUCAGUGCAUCCAAAUGGGCCCAGUUAAUUCCAGAAGUUUCCAUUAGCAGCAAUCGGAAGUCACCUCUCAGUGCCUUUGACAUCCUUCAGUACUCGGAGGCCAACGUGGAGAUUCUGGCAAGGGCUCUCCCAGAUCCCCUGGGGAAGCUUGUUGAGUGGCGAGAGCUGGCAGAGAGGCUCAAAAUAGAAGCUGCUUACGAGUGGUGCGUGGCCAGCCAGCAGCAGGAGAUGGAGGAGGUGCGGCGCGACGAGGCCCUCCAGCUGCCCGAGGACCUGGAUUAUUUUGCCAUCGACGCCUCUCUGUCCGCAGAGGUGCGGGAGAAACUCGACUCCAGCCGCCCGCAGACGAUCGGUGCAGUCAGCCGCAUCCCUGGGAUUACUCCAGCUGCUGUUCUGAACCUGCUGCGAUUUGUGAAGGCGAAUCACCAGAGCACAAAGAGAGUGAAGGACUUGCCCCAGGCUGAGAGGAAAGGCGCUUCCCAGGCGCAGGUUUCAGCAGAGCUUUCUGAAGAAGAGCCAGAGGGUGCCCUUGCUAAGGCACCGCUGUAGAAGAGCGCAUCUCUCCUCCCACAAUACGUGACUAGGUCAUCUUUGCUCAUAAACCUGUUCCCAGCUGGAAUUCGUGUUGGCUGGAGCUGAAGCAGCUCUGUGUGCACCCUCUGGUGGUAUCGCUGAGCAGAAUGAAUGUGACGAAUGUGUCAACCCCUAUAAAUGCUCAGGAAUCCGGUUACAGCCCGCGGUGUCACCGGUGCAAGUAAGAAGAAUGGGAAUUGCUUUUAAAAUUCCACCUAUUUGGAAGCUAAGUCAGGUAAUGAAGAUCUGCUGGAAAGCGUCUUGCAAGGAGGGUGUCCGGCUUGCUCGGUGUGACGUUAGAGACCCACCAGAACCCGCAGCAGCCCGGGGUGAUCUGAGCUGGAGAGCAGCUCCGGUGGCUUCGGUGCUCCCUUAUAGCCAGGCUGUGGCUGUAAUACCUAACGUGUGAUGUUGGCCAGGAGGAAAAACUUGGCUACAAGAGUGUGUGUGUGGCGUGAAUAGCGAAGUUAACACUGCAGACUGGUGGGAUGGAAAUACUGUAACGCUGCUUUUUUUUUCU